AUGCCUAUUCAAAAAUUCCGAAAGAGCUCUCGUGGCUCUUAUCGUCCACGAAAAGAAGAGAAAUAUUGGGGGGUUUUUUACCUUCUAAAGACAGAUCUUACACUCCGUGAGAUUGCAGCGAUUGUUGAGAUGAAAUUGCCAAGUGUACAAACAGUCAAGAAACGUAUACAGGUUUAUGGCAAUCCACUGCCUCGUAAAUCAACUGGCGCACCCAGAAAAGUUGAUGAGAGAACCGAAAGGCAUCUAGAAAGGAUUGUACGAGAGGAUCCAUUUACCUCGUAUAAUCAACUCAGAAAGGCAUUAUCAUCAAUGUCAAUCAACAUUUGCAGAAACAUGGUAAUUGACUAUGUCAAGCGUCUUGAUUUCAAAUCUUGUAUUUCUGCACACAAGUCUCGCUUGACAGAAGAACAGAAGAAGGCCUGA